AUGGCAGGAGGACGAAACGUUUCCCACGGCCGUGGAGGCGCCGGAAAUAUCUACUCCACCACCACCCAAACCCAACCCACCUGCAAAGACCUCAUUACCCCAACCAUCAAGCAAGAUACCUUCACAACCGGCCGCGGCGGCUCAGGCAACAUGGUCCAGUACGAUCCUGAGCGACCGGAGAUCGCGCGCGAGCUGCAGGACGUAGAAUCGCCGCCGCAGCGGGUGGAAGAGGCCCCGCAUCACACGGGUCGGGGCGGCGCUGCGAAUGCGUACUUCCCCACGCCCGAGGAGGAGAAGAGAGUUCGCGAGCAGGAGGAGGAGAAUCUGCAACGGGUGCGGACCGCGUCGAGGGAUCGGCUGAAGGAUGUCACGCAGGCCAGUAGUGAGAAGCGCGGGGAUUCGUCUUCGCGGUAG